GACUUCCUCCGUGACUUCUUCAAGACUCUUCCUCCUGACGGAAAAACAAAUCUGGCAGGGGACGUUUCAGGGUGUGCAAACGAUGAGAAGCUUCGGCAACUAGUCCAAAGCAUCAGAACUGGUUUAUUGAUUCCUAUGAAAGCACAGGGUGGUAAAACACCCACUGAAAUCACUCCGUCUCCGCGUUCUGGUGUUGAAGAUUCAAUCGAGAAUCUCAAGAGCCUAAACAUCGAGUCUAUCAGUAGAAGCUCUCAGUCGCAACUCCGGCACCACUGUUUACAAAGAGAUGGCUAUAAAUGUGUUGCAACGGGGAGGUACAGUGGCAAUCACGCCCAUCCACAGAAUGCACCCACAACUUAUCUUGAGGCGGCCCAUAUUGUUCCAUUUGCACUUGGAUCCUUUCAGGCCAGUGACGGCGAGGUACAUGCAAAGGUUUGGGUCAACCUAAGACGCUAUUUUCCAGUUCUUCGCAAUAUUGAGCAGCCUCUCACUGCUACCCUCAAAUGUCGACGAAACACCCGAUUCCUAAAAGUAUACAGAGAAGCAACGUCUUACGGAGAAGUAAGGACGCCUACGGGCGAAAUUAUCUGA